AUGAUGCAUCUCGAACUUUUCUCUACCUACGCUCUGGCAUUGGUGACCGGUGCUUUGGCCGGCCCAUCGGAACAGCUGGUCGCUCGCCAGCAGCCGUUCAAGUCGACAGCCAUCACCGAUCAUUCCGAGCCAUGGGCGUUCGCCUUCCUGCCCGACAACAGGAUCCUUGUCAACGAGAGACGAGGCAACAUGCGCCUCGUCGACCCGACCACUAAGGCUAAGGGCACCAUCACAGGCGUGCCCACCGUCGCCUACGGCGGUCAGGGAGGUCUCCACGACGUCGCCUUGCACCCAAACUACACUGAGAACAGCAUUGUGUAUGUCAGCUAUGCAGAGAGCGGCUCUGGCGGAGCGGGCUGCGCAGCCGCGCGGGCCAAGCUGACGCUGAACGCCAACGGCGGCGGCGCGCUGUCUGGCCUCGAGGUCAUCUGGCGGCACUCGCAGAAGGCAUCGGGCGGGCUUCAGUUUGCCUGUCGCAUGCUGUUCGGCUCCGACGGCGCACUAUGGAUCUCGUCCGGCGAGAUCAACCAGAUGACUCCGGCGCAGUCCAUGACCGGCAACCUCGGCAAGAUGAUCAAGCUGUACGACAACGGCACCGCCUUCGCGGGAAACCCGUUCGCCAGCCAGGGCGCCAUCCAGUCACAGAUCUGGUCGCUGGGCCACCGCAACCCACUAGGUAUCGACUGGGACGCCCAGGGCCGUCUCUGGGAGGUCGAGAUGGGGCCCAUGGGCGGCGAUGAGCUCAACCUGAUCGAGAAGGGCGCAAACUACGGCUGGCCGCUCGUAUGCGAGGGCAAACAUUACAACGGCACCAAUAUCCCCAAGCACAGCACGCGCCCCGACUUCAAGGCGCCCAAGGCCAACUGGGUCCCCGUCAUCUCCCCAGCCGGCUUGAUCAUCUACAAGGGCGAUCUGUUUUCCAGCUGGAAGGGCAAUGCCAUCAUCACAGGUCUCAGUUCACAACAACUUGUUCGUGUUACCAUAACUGGUGACACAGCGAAGGAGGCUCAGCGCAUCCCAAUGGGUAAGCGCAUGCGCGGUAUCAGAGAGGAUAAGGAGGGCGCUAUCUGGGUGAUCGAGGAUGGUGCUAACGGCCGGCUCUUGAAGCUUACCCCGAAUUAA